AGAGCAGGACCAUGUGGAGCAAUGCCACCUCUCUUUUAAUCUCUGGGCUUCAAAACAAGCAGAAUCAAGGACUAAAUGAUGGACAACCACUCUAGUGCCACUGAAUUCUACCUUCUAGGCUUCCCUGGGUCCCAAGGACUACACCACAUUCUUUUUGCUAUAUUCUUUUUCUUCUAUUUAGUGACAUUAAUGGGAAACACGGUCAUCAUUGUGAUUGUCUGUGUGGAUAAACGUCUGCAGUCCCCCAUGUAUUUCUUCCUCAGCCACCUCUCUACCCUGGAGAUCCUGGUCACAACCAUAAUUGUCCCCAUGAUGCUUUGGGGAUUGCUGCUUCCUGGGAUGCAGACAGUAUCUUUCUCUACAUGUAUUGCUCAACUUUCUGUGGGGACCAUGGCGUUUGCAUUACUUGGAGUGAUGGCUGUGGACCGUUAUGUGGCUGUGUGUAACCCUUUGAGGUACAACAUCAUUAUGAACAGCAGUACCUGUAUUUGGGUGGUAAUAGUGUCAUGGGUGUUUGGAUUUCUUUCUGAAAUCUGGCCCGUCUAUGCCACAUUUCAGUUUACCUUCCGCAAAUCAAAUUCAUUAGACCAUUUUUACUGUGACCGAGGGCAAUUGCUCAAACUGUCCUGCGAUAACACUCUUUUCACAGAGUUUAUCCUUUUCUUAAUGGCUGUUUUUAUUCUCAUUGGUUCUUUGAUCCCUACGAUUGUCUCCUACACUUACAUUAUCUCCACCAUCCUCAAGAUCCCAUCAGCCUCUGGCCGGAGGAAAGCCUUCUUCACUUGUGCCUCCCACUUCACCUGUGUUAUGAUCGGCUAUGGCAGCUGCUUGUUUCUCUACGUGAAACCCAAGCAAACACAGGGAGUUGAGUACAAUAAGAUAGUUUCCCUGUUGGUUUCUGUGUUAACCCCCUUCCUGAAUCCUUUCAUCUUUACUCUCCGGAAUGACAAAGUCAAAGAGGCCCUCCGAGAUGGGAUGAAACGCUGCUGUCAACUCCUGAAAGAUUAGCUGUUCUGUAAGUCAGUUUUAGGUGGUCCAAGCCUCACGGUUAAUUAUUAAGUCACCUAGAAAAUUCUAACUCCUCUUUUCUCUUAUCAUCAUUACAAAAGUCAAAGAGUGUGUACAAUUCGCCAUCACACCAUGGAAGUAGAUUAGGCUGGUAAUAAUGAAAUCCAUUGUGUGCCCAGGAGAAUCUCAUAGCCUUAGUUCCUGCCUGUUUCCACUGGUGAACAUAUUCUUGUGAUUUGGGGGGAACUAGAGAAAGGAAAUGCAGACAUUUUUGUAAGAAUUCUAUUAGCCCAACUCAUUUCCUUAUAGGCCAUCUCUGAAAAUGUAUUUUCUGGGGAAGGGAGGAAGUGUGGAGGGAGGUGUACUGAGAGAGGUGUCCUAAUCAGAGUAGAAAGGUAGAGAUGCUCACUUUGGUCCUUCAUCACCUGUUGCUAAGUUCUUCCCUAUAUUUUUGUGCAAUUUUUUGGCAAGAUGGCCAUAUGCAUUUUAGAUAUCCUAAGGCUCUUUCUCUCUGCCCCAUUAAUACUGGAAAGGAAGUGUAACACUGUUUACGAUUUGUCACAGAACCAGUCUAGAAUGGCAAUAUGAGGAUUGGAAUGCUUCUCAUUCAGGAGAUACUUGUGGUGUAAAGAAGAUAAAAAUAUUUGAGGAUAAAAAUGGAGGAAAAUUUAUUUUUGUUAAGCUUCAGCAUAUUCCUUUCACUGCCCUUCUUUGUGGUGAGUAUAGAGACAGGGGCAAAUAAGAACUAAAUGACUAAUUCUAGAGAGCAUCCUGUAUUUUAUGGCUGUUAAAGACAACUAUGUCUGUUCAGACUGUAUCCAGAUCUAGACUUCAAACUUUAUAAUGUCUUCUGAUUCUCCGUCUCUCAAAUCCAACAGUCUCAGUACUAUCAUGUAUAUCUUCUCUAUGGGCAGAAUUUUUUAAAAAUAAGAGGCCACUCUUUUGACUCCCGGCUUUCUAGCAAUUACAGGGAUUGGCUGUUUGGUAGUGUAAGUGUUGGAAUUUCACAUAAUAUUGGAAGAAGUCCUUAUAAGGAAGAAGUUUACCUAAACAACAACAAUCAGCAGAUUCUACCAGCCCUAAAGUAAGUGAGAAAAUUGAGCUGUUCAGCAGUGGGAUGAUGAGGCUACUGAGAAUUUUGAAGAGUACUGUGUGAGGAUGCCAUGUUGUCUUGUCCUGUGAGGAGUGAUAACCGUCAUGUAUGUUUGGGUAGUUUGCAUUGCAUUAAAGUACCAGACAAGGUGGGGAAUGAGCUUUAAAUUCAGCCAGCCCAUGCUCUGCAAGCCAACCAAUGGACUCUGGUGGCACUGCAUUGGCUGGAGAAAGGGGAGACUUUUGCUUAAACAAAGGUGCCCAUGGUUUCCAAGCCCAGUAAAUGAGGAUCUCUUCUGACCAGAAAGAAUACCUUUUUUCUAAUUCAUUAAUCCAGAGAAGUAUCCUUUAAGAGAUGAGACAAUAGAAGCUCAGAGAAUUUAAAUAUCUUGCCAAAGUUUAUUUAGCCAUCCACUAUAUCACAUCCAUCAGAUUGGAAAAACAUAAAACUCUGAGAAUACUAAGUAUUGAUCUGAAUGCUGGCGAAUAGGGUUUUUAAAAAACCAACUUCUGGUAGAAAUAUAAGAUAUAAGAUCCAAAUAAUUAGAUAGUAGAUGUCUAUAAUUAGGUUCUAGUAUAGUCAUAAUAAGAUAGUGGUAGUCCAUUUUGCAUUGCUAUAACAGAAUAUAAAUACUACCAGCCUGGAUUAUUUGUAAAGAAAAUAAACAUACUUGGCUUAUGAUUCUGGACACUGAAAAUUUAUUUGGCUUAUGAUUCAAGAGCAUAACACCGGCAUCUGACAAGGGCCUUCGUGCUGUGUCAUCCUAUGGCAGAAGGUGGAAGGGCAAGAGAGGGCCAGAGUGAGAGGGCAAGAGAGGGCCAAACUCAUUUUCAUAACAAAUCCACUCUCAGAAUAACAAACUCACUCCUGUGAAAACAACACUAAUUCAUUCAUGAGGGGAUAUCCCUCAUGACUUAAUCACCUCUUAAAGGUCUUACCUCUUAACAAUGUCACAGUGGUAAUUAAAUUUCAACAUGAGUUUUGGAGGGGACAUUCAUGUCAUAGCACUUCACCCCUCGUUCUCCAAAAGUAGUGUCCUUCUCACAUACAAAAUACAUUCAUCCCUUCCCCAUAGCUGCUAAAUGUCUUAACUGAUUCCAGCAUCAACUCAAAAGUCCAAUGUCAAGUGUCUCAUCUAAGUCAGAUAUGGGCGAGACUCAAGGCACGAUUUACCCCAAGGAAAAUUUCUCUUCAUCUGUGAGCUUGUGAAUUAAUGUUACAUCUUUCUAAAAUAUGAUGUAAGACAGGCAUAGAAUAGACAUUUC